AAGGAAGGAGACCGGCCGUGCGCGUCCCCACAACCAAGGCGGCGUUCCCGGGGGCGAGCCCACCCCCCGGCCCCGGGCUGGCAACAAAGCGCCGCCACCUCCCUCCGUCCGUCCCUCCUCCGUCCGUCCCUCCCUCGUCUCCCCACGGCACCAGCUCGGGCUCUGCCUCCGACAGCGCUCCCAGCGGCGGCCCGGGGGCUCUCCGGGCCGCCAGGGCCCUGCCGCCGCCUUCUCCGGUGUCCCCCGGUGGGGCGGCGCGGCCUCCAUGUGGCGGCCCUGAGGAGGGCAGCGCAGCCCAGGGGUCGUGGGGAAGGUCGGCGGCGGCCGCCUUUGUCUUGCUGCCGGGGGUGGGCGAGGGCUCCCGGCGGUGUUGUGCUGCCCGAGGGAAGCUCGAGUGGUUUCCUGCCGUGCCCCGGGGAUUUGGGCGAUUUCCUGGAUCUAAAAUAACAAUCUUUUUUAUUCUGGUACUUUCCCUAGAGUUGCCAUAUCAUCUGAAGCUCAACCAUGGACCCCGAAGCUGAGAUAAAGAAGCAGGUAAACCCCUUCUACUGCAAUAUUUGCAAAAUCUGGUGUGCUUCUGCAUUAAACUUGCAGACUCACUUCCUUGGAUUCAAGCAUAAGACGGUGGAAGAAGCACUGAAAGCUCAUGGUAUUGUUAAAGCUGCAGGUGGCACCGGAGAUCAAGUGAAAACACCUGAAAAACUUCCUGAUUAUGUGCAAACUGAGCCAGAGAGAUUUCAUGGACAGACUUUGGAAGAGCAACUUAACACAUGUAAAGAUUCAGAACCUGCACUCGGACUUAAUUAUAUAAUCGAAUACCGAUCAAAAGACAAUUUCCCUUUUCUCUAUGAGUGUCAACUGUGCCACUGUAAAACAGGACUGAGUAACAUGUUCAUGCACGUUUGCGGCUCCAAGCAUAGACUGGCAUACUUGAAACAACAUUAUCCUGAGAUAGCAGAAUCUGAUGAAGUUAAGGGUAAAGGCUCUGAACUCAACAGAAAAGUUAGGCAAGUUGCAUUAACAAUUGAGAAGAAAGAAGGAAGAAAACAAAUGAAGGUUGUUACGGAUGCCCCGAUGAUGAGGAAGAGAUGGCAAGAAUAUCCUAAUGCAGAUGACAGCCCUUCAAAAGCUAAAGUUCAGCAUGUGGAUACGUCGCUUAGUAAUGAAGAAGAAACAGAUUGUAAAAAUAAGGAUGGAAAGAUGCCAGACCCUAUUCAAGAAAAGACUGUUCAAGAGGAGCCGGAAAAAAGUCAUCAAGAACAGGCAAAACCAGAUGAGAAGGCUGAAACUAAUAAGCCUAUUGAAAGCAGCAAAGACAACAAGACUGAAGAAGACAGCAAAGGCAACGAUUCUGAAAAGUGUGAGACCAAUAAACAAUUGCAGGAAGAAACCGAGGAAUUUGAGCAAGAACCUGCAGCAAAUCUUGAGGAAUUCACUAGUCAGGAAGAACUGUUGGGUUAUUUGCAAAGUUUUGAGAUACUGAAUGAAGACGAUGCUGCUUUUAUCCUAAAAGUAACACAGACUCUCACAGAUGCACUGGUGGAAUAUCGUCAGCAGUCUGCAUCAAAAAAAGAUCUCUUAGAUACUGAACAUAAUGGAGGAGAAGUAUUGGAACAUUCCAUGGAGCAACCUGACCUGAAUUCUGCAGACAUUAGUGAUUCUGAUACUGACUAUUCAAGCAGCCGAUCAGCUAAGAAGUCUUUAUCAGUAACUGAGGAAGAUGACCUGCAAAACUUCUCAGCUGGCACUUGGGAAGCAGCAUAUGAGAACAACAUCACUGCUGAAUUUUUGAACAGUGUAAGAAAUAUGAAUGUUGAGGAAGUUACUGCUACUCUACACAAAAUAGCAGCAGCAAACCCAGCUUUCAGAGGAAUUGAUAUUCCAAAUGUUGUAAGGAUCCUGACUGAAAGUGGGACUCUGAGAAGACCAAGCAAUGGCAGCACACAGUGACGUGGUAGUUAGCAGAGUUAAUACUGCAGCAUUUACUUUCUGUAAGUUUGAGAAUGUUCUUUUACUUGAUAUGAACUCAAUGUAGCUGAUUUUACUAUAUCCAAAUUCUGUACAGGGUUAUUUUAAUUAAAAAUUUGGUUAUGGGA